UUUCAAGCAAGACUGUUCUUCAAAGAGCGGGAGAUUUUGAUAUUUUAACUGGGUCAGACUUUUUUCCGCCUCACUUUGCCCAAUGUCGGACGAGGAUGUGCGGGUUUGGGAGGCUCGUGCCCGAGAGGCUGAGGCCAAUAUGGCUCAAGCCGCCGAGUACGGGCGCGGCCUUUUACUCCGCGUCUCCGAAUUAGAGGCCAAUCUCGAGGCCAGUCACCAGGAAAAGCACGAACUUUGGUUGAAACUCGAGGCCAAGAUUGGCUUCGAACGCACCGUUCUCGAGGAAUUGGAAGAGAGCCGCGAUCAUGUCAAGAGCCUCGAGGCCAAAUUGGAGUCCUGCGACCAGCUGGAAGCCGAGAUUGAGGCCUGGCGACAACGAUUGGACCGUCAAGCGGCCAAGAUGCGAUUUGACGAGGACAGAAUCAGGAUGUUGGAAGAGCAAUUGGCUCAAUCCAAUCAGGCAGCCUUGAAUGCUUCCUUGAACACUAGUACAGGAACCUUAGAAGGCCAAGGUCCGUUGGAAGCCGCCUUAGAAGAGGAACUAUCGCGGUUAAGGAUUGAAUCCGUCCAGUGGUUGACGGAAAAGCAAGCUCUUGAACAAGAUUUAUUGGCCAGUCAAGGCCAAAAAGAGGAAGCCAUCCGGAUGCAGAACUCACUCAAAGAAAAGGUCACCCAAUUAGAGGCCACUUUAGAAGAAAAGGAAUGCGAAAUCACCAAUUACACGCGACAUUUGGAACAAGCUCGGAGUGAGAUCCAGGAGCUUCAAGUGGAAAUGGAAGCCUUGACCGUGGCUGAAGCCGAUCCUAACCUCAAGGGCAAUUCCUUGUUUUCCGAGGUCGAGGACCGCCGACAUUUGGUGGAGAAUCAAUUGGCGUCUAUGAAGAGUCGCUAUGAGGAUAUGAAAGUUCAAUUGGACUUCAAGAACCAACAGUUGAACAAGGUCAAAAUGCAUAACAUUGCCUUACUCAAUAUGGCUGGUCACGGACAGGAUGACGGCGAUCGGGUUCAAAGGCUAGAAGACAUGUUGGUGGCGGAACGACGCAAGGUCAAAUUACUGGCGGAGCGCCUCGAAACCGUCAAGGCUCGUCCAGCCGAGCGGCCUGUAGUGGACAUCAAGGUCAAGACCGAGGAUCCCGAUCUGUCCGUGAUUCCCAAUCACACUCUCAGUGCCGAAUAUAAGUAUCUCACCACCAUGCUCAACGAGGCCCGAGCUCGCAAUGAGGAACUCCAGAAGCAAUUGUCGCAACACCUGCGCCAGAAUCUCGAGGACGGCGACCAAAUGAUGGAAAUGUCGCGCAAGAUCUCGAAUCUCGAGACCUUGGUGAGUCGAUUCCGAUCCGAGUCCUAUCAGCUCAAGAUCAAAUUGGAGGAGGCCAAAAGUCAACGCCAAGCCGGAAACCAAUCGCCCAAGAAACCCAAGCCCGCCAAGAAAAUUGUCGAGAGAGUUAUCUUCAACGAUAUCAACCGGGACUGUGGGCGUGCCCAUCAAGACGACAAAGAGAACGAUGUCCCGGUGUUUGGCAGCCAAUCUGAAUCGGUCAAAGCCGAUGUUGAUGCGUCGAGCCAAAAUAGAGGCCAAACUGUGGGGACUAAAAAGAAAACUGUCAGCAUUUCCACCUCUGUCGAGUGCUUUGAGGAGGGUCAGCAUGAGAAGAAGAAUGCCACUCGCGAGGAUCUGAAUACGGACGAGUCCAAAGGCCGGAUGAGCAAGCCUCCGGGUCGGAAACGCGUUCCUAAUGUGGUCAUCAACGCUGAGGAAGAAAACAAGAAAAUGGAGGAACAGUGCAAACAGCAGUGAUUAUUUCUAUAGUCAUUUUUUGAUCAAGGUCGGUGGCAUGCUAGAUAAUAACGGUACUUUGGAGUGUUCUUGAACGAAUUGAUUAACGUCUUUGUUGGCCCAGGGCUGUUCAAAAUAUACAAUUUUUCUUCACUUUUCGAA